UUCACGUCGCUGCGUCGCUCCGUCCGGAUCACCGGGAGCAGCUGAUCAGGCCGCGGACGGACGGGUAAAAGCCUCGAGAUGGCGCGGCGCCUCCCGUAGGGAUUAAACGGGAUUAAAAACAAGCUUUUUGUGUUCGUUGUGUUUUUUUAGCCGAUAUGUCCACCGAGGAUUUGUCCACCUCGGACAGCGAGGCUCCGGGGGCCGCAGCCGGGGAGCGCUGGGCGCCGGUGGGAGCCGUGGCGAGCCCGGAGGAGGAGGAGUGGAGCUCGGGGAGAGUCGGGACGGAGCCGCCGGAGUCCGCGGAGCUCGAGCCCGGCUCUCCGGCCUCCAAGCUGCGGCGGCUGGAGGAGGAGCGCGAGCAGCUGCGUGCGGCGCUGCUGGCCGUCAGCUCGCACUUCGCGCAGGUGCAGUUCCGCCUGCAGCAGGUGGCGCGCGCGCCGGGCGACGAGCGGGAGCGCACGCGAAUGCUCCAGGAGCUCGAGGAGUUCGCCUUCCGCGGAUGCCCGCACGUGCUGGGGCUCAGAGGGCACGAGAACCCGAGUGAGAGGGAGAAGCGUGAGCGUUUGGAGGCUCAGAGGGAGAAGCAGAAGGAGCUGAUCUUUCAGCUGAAGACGCAGCUGGAUGACCUGGAGCGCUUCGCCUAUCAGGAGGGCAGCUAUGACUCACUGCCACAGUCUGUUGUCAUGGAGAGGCAAAGGGUGAUCAUUGAUGAGCUGAUCAAGAAGCUGGACGUUAAUCUGAACGAGGACAUCGGGAAGCUGACCCCUGAGGAGCUACGUCAGCGAGUGGACGCAGCCAUCGCCCAGAUCGUCAACCCUGUCAGGGUUAAAGAGCAGCUGGUGGAGCAGCUCAAAACUCAAAUCAGGGAUUUGGAGAUGUUCAUUAACUUCAUACAGGAUGAGGUGGGGAACCCUCUUCUGUCAGAGGGAGAGAGCGGUCAGCAGGCUCGAGCGUCCGGGCCUAAACCUCGGAGCCAAGGUGGCAUGAAGCAAGUUGACCCAGAACAGGCUCAGAGGCUGCGUGAGACGGGCCUGCAGCUGAUCCAGAGGGCUCUGGCUGUGCUGCAGAUUUUCGCCCUGAGCCAGUUCGGCUGCGCCGCCAGCCGCAUGCCGCAGAGCGUGUGGUCCCAGGGGGACGGGGCUCAGGACUACGGCCCGUUACUGCAGAAGCUGGAGGGAGCGGUGGAGCGGGUGCGUCUGCAGGCGUCCCACAGGCAGCCGGCCGCUCUGGAGGAGCACGUGGUCAGUUAUACGUCCGGUCUGACUCUGGGAGGCCCUGGAGACGAGCUUACGGCUUCGGUAAGGAAGGACCUGGCGGUGGCGCUGCGGGACCUUUUGGCCCACGGCCUUUACACUCCCUCGCAGGGCAUGAGUCUGGUUCUGGCGCCCAUCUCAUGUUUGCUCCCGUUUAGCCCCUCCCCCCAAACGCUGCACCCCUGGGAGCUGUUUGUGAAGUACUAUCACUCCAAAAACGGCCAGGCUUUCGUGGAAUCUCCGGCACGCCAGCUCUCGCAGUCCUUCAGCCUGCCGCUAGGGGGCAGCAAGGUGACCGUCACGCCAAAACAGUCUUUGCUCUGGGCCAUCCACAGCGUCCUGCGCGAACACGGGCGCUACAAGCGCAGCGCCGACUCCGAGUUCAAGGCUUUAGUGUGCAUGGCGCUCAACGAGCAGAGGCUGGUGUCCUGGGUCAACCUGCUGUGCAAAUCCGGCACUCUGGUCCACUCCCACUACCAGCCCUGGAGCUACAUGGCCCAGACGGGCUUCGAGGGCGCGCUGAGGAUCCUGGGACGCCUCAGCCACCUCAAGUUCAACCUGCCCGUGGACCUGGCCGUGCGCCAGCUCAAGAACAUCAAGGACGCUUUCUGAUCCCCAGUUGGCGUGAAGAGGACGCGGCGUUGAAUGUAGCUUUGGAGUCUUGGCUUCUGAGCCAGGCAGGAAAAUGCUGGAGAAGGAAGUUUAUCUUCUGUCUGUUUAAAUCUAAGUUAAUAUUUGUCGUACACUGAGUUCACUACUGUUGCACUACUGUCAAUAUUCCCUUCCUUGAAAAGCUUCUCCUUUUAUUCUUCUCGGUCACCAGUUCAGUGAUGAGUUCAGCUUCUUACUGUGUUUCAUAAAAGGGUUUCAAAGCUGA